AUUUUUGUAACAAUCAUAUUUUUUCCAAACUCGUAACAGUACACAUCAAAAUUACUCCUUUAAGUCCGGUAAAUACCAAAAAUAAUCAAAAGUAACUACUAAAAUGGCACUUAACGCAGUACUUAGCGUUGUUUUGACUGGGGCUUCAGGUUAUGGUUUGUACGCAAUUAAACCAGACAAGGAACCAUAUGCUUUUACCGCUUGUGUUAUUACCUUCUGUCAUGGUUUGGUAUCUUUCGCAAAGAAUGUUUUAGAUGGCGAUGCAGGUGAGACAGCUAAGAGUGCUGGGAAUGUCACUACACCCACUAUGCAAAUAGUUCCGGUACCAUUGAUUGAUAUCGAAUUGUUUCUUCCUUCGGAACCAACCAACAAUUUGGGUUGGGGUCACUUCUCCUAUGUUAUACCAUUGGCUUUAACUGCUCUUUAUCAGAAGUGGAAGGACGAAGCAGACGAUGAAAAUAAGGAUAUUCAAAACUUGUGGGAUCUAACUGUCUACGGUGGUAUAUUAUCUCUAAUCUAUUAUUCUGUGCAGGAGAACAAUAACAUCACUUUGGCUUUAAGUUUAAUUGCUUGGGGUACUUAUGUAUUGCCAAAACAAAUAGAAGAUGAACUUGUUGAAGAAUCUAUGGAAACCUCUACUCUGGUAGGCCAAAGUACUAUUGCAGCCUUCAUGCCAUUUGUUUUUGGACAAAGCUAAACGCAGACACUUUGUUAAUGUGUUUUUUUUCUUUGGUAUUUUCGGCAAAUUAUUUCAAAAUCAUGAUAACAUAUUGAAAACGAGUUGUUAUAUUUUGUGUUGAAUUGUUAAUAGAUUGCAGAAAUAAAUACAAUCUUAUA